AUGGCACCUGCGGCUAUCUACGCUGUUUCCCCCGCCCAAAUCACAUCAGAAGUCAAGAAAUCAUUAAUCAAUGGAUCAUCAUCUCGCGAAAUUGUCAAAGGGCCUGCCCUUGCGAUAGGUUCAUUGGACACUGCUCAAGACGGAAAGUAUCAAUCGCUUCUUUUACGCCUCGAUGCACAGGAAGGGCAGGCCACCGAAAGGCAGAUGCUUGAUCGACUCAUUGACGGAGCGAUAUUGUUGGCUCCAUCAAGCUAUGCUUCCAUCCAUGUCGUGCUCUCCCCAUCAGAAUACAUUUCAUUAUCACCAAAUUUGCCAUCUCUCCUUCAGCAGACCUUCACCGGUCUGACACCCCUGGGAACUCUCCACCUUCUUAAUUUAACUGCGGGGUUCCUGAGUCUUCCUCAUGAGUUGACUCUAGCUGGAUUCACGAUCAUUGAGAGUGUGAGAGAUGGUUCUGACGCCAGAAUAGUCGCCCAGAAGCCUUUGCCAAUCGUAAUGCCUCUGCCUUCUGCACUUCCUCUCCGAAAGAAGACCGACCCUGCCAAGCAGUCUUCCAAAAAGGCUCUUUGGGCACUCUCAUCACCAUCCACUCCCACAAUCGAUGCCGAAACCCUCCUAACAGCGGCAGAUCGUAUACGCCCAGUCCCCACUUGCGAUCCUGUUAUAGCAGGUGUCCCAAGGCGGAAGAAGGCAUGCAAGAAUUGCUCAUGUGGUCUUGCUGAGCUGGAAGCUGAGGAGGCCAAGUCAGGUAAAGUAGUUCUGCUCGACAACGACAGUGCUGUGGAGGUGGGAGCUGGUGACAUGACGAAGAGUUUGAUCGCUGCCGCUAAAGCUGCACCCAAAGCAACUAGCAGUUGUGGGAGUUGCUUCUUAGGUGAUGCAUUCCGAUGUGCCAGCUGUCCGUAUCUUGGUCUGCCUGCAUUCAAUCCGGGUGAGAAAGUGGAGAUUGACAUUGGGAUGGAUGAUAUCUGA